AACAACCCCGUGGCUGCGGCACUGGAGGUGAGCUGGGUGCCUGCGCGUCUCCAAAAUAACUGGCUGUCCCCCUCAAAUGAUCUCAAAGGGACAAGUUUCACUUUUCACAGGCGGAUGGGUGACUUUCCUUGGCGCUUUGUGAGGAGGAGAUGAUGAAGAAUUUCAACAGCAGUCCCCUUCACAGCAACCACCAGACUCCCAACCACAUCAAAGAGCGAAACAACAGAAAGUACAGCUUACUCGCUGCUUUACCGUUGCGAUUUUCCUUGCGAGGUUAUGGUUUCUGCAUGGCUACGCUUUUCUUCUUCUGUUUCGGCUCCCUUUUUUACCAGCUGAACGGAGGACCCCCUAAAAUCCUGCUGGACAUCCGACAGUAUCUCGGUGAAUCCACAUAUCUGGACGACCACGGACCCCCUGCUCCAAGAGUGCUCCCCUUCCCGAGCCAGGUAGUUUAUAACCGUGUUGGGAAGUGUGGCAGCCGGACGGUGGUCAUCUUGCUGAGGUUACUGGCUGAGAAACACCAGUUCAACCUGGUCUCCUCAGACAUCCACAAUAAAACACGCCUCACAAAACAUGAACAGGUGGAUCUCAUGAAGAACAUCAGUAAUAUCCCUCAGCCAUACCUCUUCACACGGCAUGUUCACUUCCUAAAUUUUACCAGGUUCAGGAUAGAGCAGCCUGUCUAUAUCAAUAUAAUCCGGGACCCCAUCAACCGGUUCCUCUCCAACUACUUUUUCCGUCGCUUUGGUGACUGGAGGGGUGAGCAGAAUCACCUCAUCCGCACUCCAGGGAUGAAAGAUGAUGAGAGAUACCUGGAUAUCAAUGUGUGCAUUCUAGAGAAUUACCCAGAGUGCUCCAACCCCAGAGUUUUCUACAUCAUUCCCUACUUCUGUGGACAGCAUCCCCAAUGCAGGGAGCCAGGAGCAUGGGCUCUGGAGAGGGCCAAGCAGAAUGUGCUGGAGAACUACCUCCUUGUUGGUAUCCUGGAGGAGCUGGAGGAUGUUCUGCUCCUGUUGGAGAGGCUCUUACCUCAUUACUUUACUGGAGUACUCAACAUCUACAAGAGCCCUGACUAUAGGAAAAUGGGGAACAUGACAGGCACAGUACGUAAACACACGCCCACUCUGGAGGCCCUGCAGGUGUUGUACCACCGCAUGCGCUACGAGUAUGAGUUCUACAACUUCAUCCGUGACCAAUUCCACCUCAUGAAGAAAAAAAUUGGUCUCAGGUCUGUCUCCCAACCCACCGCCUACUCACCUGCUUUCCUUCGAGAGCUGGCCCUCCGAACCCCAGAGCCUCUGGACGAAGACGAGGAGCUGGAAGCAGACCUGGAGGAUGCAAACAGCUGGCUGGUCCACUCCUAAGGACUGUUUGAUGAACAGUGGAUGUAGCCCAAAAAGAAGCUGAUUGGCUAGAAUUGGCUGGAGAUAGCUGAAGGAAGCCUGAGGGCAGACAGGGAGUGUUCCCUGUCUUUCAGCAAUUCGUGAGAAAAGUGAGGUACGUUUAGGGGUGUGCAGAUCCAGAUGCUCCUGUUUGUAUGGGCUCUGAUAUCCAUUCUGCAAUAGACUCCCAUCACGACAGGCUCAGCACCGAGGACUAUAGGGGUUGAGUAAUUGGAAGGACAAAAUGCUCUAUUUAAAAAUUCACCAAGGACAAUGGAAAAUAAUGUUAAGCCCAAUUUACGUGACUCAAGUUUUGUUUUAAUUUGAGCUUGCUUUUGGGUUUGCUUAAGUCAAAAGUCCAUCAUUGCUAUUAUCUCCGGGAGAGAUUAGCGCUUCCUUGUGUUGGGAAAUAAGUGUUGGUUGCUUGGGUGAGAGGAUUUCAGAGACGUUUCCCAAGAAAGAGGUGCAUACUUUAUGAAAGAGUUAAUUUCCUAAAAGCUGGAAUGGGAAAUGGUAUCCACAAAUAAAAAAAGUACCAAAACCAUUUUUGUAUAUUAGUUGUUUAGGACUGUUAUAAGUGCCAAAGGUCACUAAGAGGUCUAGUUACUGACAGGACAUUCUGUGCACAGCUGGUGGAGUCAUGACAUAGUCAGUUGUUAUAGUAUUGGUUAUUAACAUUUUGUUUAAUUUGUAAGAUAUUAUUAUUAUUAGGUAUAAAUGAGGGUUAAACGGUAAGCACUCAAUUAUGAAUUCAAAGAAUUCCAACUGUGUGUGCAUGGAUGAUUGGUUUUGACCAAACCAGCAGUGUAUUUUAGCAUGGAUUUAUUAUUUGGAGCAAGUCAUUUGUUGAGAAUAUAUGCUGGUUUGAGAUUCAAACACUAACAAGCAUAUAAGGAGCAUUAUUUGUUUUUAUCCAAAGUUUAAAAGAUUGAGUUUGCCAAAUACCAAUGUUUCUACUGCGAUGUAUUACAAAACUGUAGAAGUAUACUGCACUUUUCCUGAGGUGACUUUUCCUGAAAUUCUGCAGCAAAAUGAGGGACUUGGUCACAAAACUGGAUACUGAUUUGCCUUUAAUUUUCCAGUGGAAUUAUGGUGCUGUCUAAGGUUUUGUUUUCCCUCUCAAAAUAUAAUCACAAAAGAGUGUGUGAAGUGUUACCGGUCCCAGCUAAAAUUCUCUCUCUCUCUCUCUUAAUUCUCCAGCAGCUAUUCAGAGUGCAUGUUUUUCAUCACUCAUGUAAAAAUCAUCCAGAGAGCAGUAACCAUAAGCUAAUGUGUGACUGUCACCUACUGUAUUUCACUCUACCAUCCUAAUCUCCAUUGCCUGUACCUUUUCAUUGUCCUCGUUUGUGUGUCCUUAUUUGCCAGUUUAAUUUAUUAUUUUGUAUUCAUUUGCGUUCCAGAUAAGAUUCUCAGGAAGGAAAAAAAAAAGUUUAAUAACUGGUUUAUUGGCGGCUAUGAAACUAUUCUUGGCAUUUUAAGUGUCUAGAAUGGGUUUAUAUUAACAUCUGAAAACUGGUUAACAACAGCUAAUGCAGUCCAUCAUUUUACAGUCUUAAAAUAAAUGUCCUCUAACUAUUUCA